UGACAUAUGAUUUAAAGAGACUAGUUAAUAAUUUAUAUUAACUAAAUGUGUGAAGGUUUUGUGAUAUUUUAGCAUAAUCGUACCGCAUUUAUAGAUUUUUAUUAAACAUAAACUUUUGUGUUGUUAAUAAAAUAUGUCUUCUGCUAGUAAAACUAAAGAUACCAAACCAGAACCAAUUGCAUACAGCGAAACAGCGUUGAGAAACAAUGCAGUUGUUGUAGAAUAUUGUAGAACAUCUAUGGCUGCAUUGUCGGGUUCGACUGCAGGUAUUCUGGGCUUGACAGGACUCAACGGAUUUGCUUUUUAUGUUUUCUCCGUUGUGGUUCUCUGGGUUAUGUUCAUGAUCAAAGCUGGACCAAACUGGAACAAAUACUAUGUCAGCCGACAGAGCCUUCUAACUAAUGGAUUCUUUGGAGCCUUAUUCACUUACAUACUAUUCUGGACAUUUAUAUAUGGGAUGGUGCAUGUUUAUUAGAAUAAAAUAGCAUUUGAAUUAAGAAUGAUUGAGAAUGGUUCUCUUUAUUAUUGUUAAUAGUCAUUAAUUUCAAAUAUACCUAAGAAGGGACUGUUUGGACGUGGAAAUAGAAUGCAGAAAUAUAUUCAAAUAUGUUAUUCUCUAAGUAUCCGUAACAACAUUUUCGUAAAAUCUUAUAUAAAUAUCCUGUAUAUCCUGUAUAUCCUGUAUCAUAUACCUACUUAUUGUAACGAAAAUGAGGUAACAAAUUCACUCACAUUCAUAGUAUACAAUAAAAUAAAAAAAUAUAUAUAUCAAAAUGCGUAAUAAUUCUGUUAAAUGAUGUCCAAAGAAAAUAUAUCACAAAGAAACAUUGAGAAUACAUAUAUAGAAUUACUACUUAUGGUAAAACAUGAAUGUAUUAGGUACUAUGGAAGCAUUUUUUGGUUAAAAAGAAUAUUUUAUUGUGAAAUGGGUAUAUUUCUUUGUUAUUUAUAAGGACUUUGUAUUGUAUAAUAUUAAAGUCAAAUAAAUUCUCCUCCUAUUUGAA